GGAAGGGGCUGAGGUGGCUGAGGAGAGGUGGGGGUCCAGGACACAGCGGACAGAGUCAAGAGCACCUGCUGAGUGGAGGAGAAAAUGGCGACCGGUGGCGUCAUACAGAGCCUAAGCAAGUUCAGGUUUCCCGUGGCAUUCCCGCAUUCCUUCCUGCCGGCCACCGUCUGCCCGGAGAUGACUUUCCAAGACUUAUCUGAGGAGGAAGGAAUGGAGGAGGAAGAGGAGGAGGAGGAAGAAGAAGAGGAGGAGGAGGAAGGGAGGGAGGAUAUGGAGGCUGAAGACCGUCCCAGACGCCACAACCCUGACAGACAAGAUGAAGGAGCAUCCUCUUCCGACUCCGGCCUCAACAAUGCAGAAAUGACUCUGCAGCUGCUUCGGUUUGCUGAGCGCAUCAGCGACGACAUCCAGCGAUACUUUGGCAGGAAGAGCAAAGAGGACGACUCGGACGCCUGCGACAUCUACGAGGACUCCUCUUCCCCUCCGCUGUCGGGGCGGGUGCGCUACUACGCGGACCUGUUCAGGAUUUCUCAGAGCGGGGAGCCAGAGGAAGAGGACGGCUUCUCCGGCUCUCUGAAGCCCCUGGUGCACCUCAACCAGCAGCUGUGGCGGUCCCUCUGUUGCGACGAGGGGGCCGAGAAGCUGGGCCCACUAGCCGAGCUCUUUGAAUACGGCUUGUGCCCGUAUGCCAAGCAGCCAACCGCCUCUGACAGCAGGAAGCUGAGGCUGGAAAGGAAGUACGCCCACGUCACCCCCAUGCGCAACAGGAAGUUGCCCUCGUCCUUCUGGAAGGAGCCGGCCCCCAGCCCUGCUUGCAUACUCAACAGCAACCCUCCUGAUUUUAGUGACCUUCUGGCCAACUGGACUUCUGAAACUAGCCAGGAGGGACUGAAUGCCGGCCGAGAGCUGAUGAAUGAGAUCAACAGGCGGGUGGUGGACGCUGACCAUUUUGGUGGUCUUUGA